CCUUGUGGAUUUCCUCGCCUGCUUGCUUGCGGGCAGCUGGGUUGGUUGAGGCGGAGGAGGGCUGCAGGCGACAGCGCGCGCCCGCCACGGCUGCGGCGCCAGGUGGUGCCUAGGUGGGUGGCGGCUCACGGGUUCUGCGCGCGCCGCCUUUGCUUUUACUCACAAGGAAAGUGCCGCCUCCCCUCCCGCCGCGCGGCCGGACGCGCGCGCGUGACACCCCAACCGCCCCUACGGCGACGUCGCCACCCUAUAUCUCGCCCGCACUGCCGUUACUCGCCCGCUCGCUCCUCCACCGCCGAUCCCCAGCCGCGCCGCGCUCGGGCUCGACUGGUUCUGGGGCUUUGCCGCCGGCCGUGGAUGAGCAUGGGCCGCUACGCCAGCGCGACGACGGAUCCGGACUGGACCGGGGCCGGCCAGGCAGUCCUGCUCCGCUCGCCCCGGGGCGCCACCGCGCGGGUGAGCCUGCACGGCGGCCAGGUCGUCUCCUGGACCAACGACCGCGGCGAGGAGCUCCUCUUCACCAGCACCAAGGCAAACCUGAAGCCACCCAAGGCGAUGCGCGGUGGAAUUCCGAUAUGCUUUCCACAGUUUGGAAACUGCGGGACCCUCGAGCGACAUGGAUUUGCGAGGAAUAGGAUGUGGGCCCUUGAUGAGGAGCAUCAGCCACUGAAUCGUAGUGACAGUGGCAGCAGAGCUUUCGUUGACCUUAUCCUAAAGCCAUCUGAAGAAGACCUCAAGUGCUGGCCACAUUGUUUUGAGUUCCGCCUGAGAAUCUCUCUUUCAAAGGACGGUGACCUCUCACUAGUGUCGCGCAUCAGAAAUGUUAAUGGCAAGCCAUUCAGUUUCUCAUUUGGCUAUCACACAUAUAUCUCUGUUUCCGAUAUCAGCGAGGUCAGGAUAGAAGGCCUGGAGACCCUUGAUUAUCUAGACAACCUUAGCCAGCGAGAACGUCACACAGAACAAGGGGACGCCAUAACAUUUGAAUCCGAGGUUGACCGAGUGUAUGUUAGCUCACCAAAUGUAAUAGCGGUUCUCGAUCAUGAGAAGAAGCGCACCUUUGUCAUAAGAAAAGAUGGACUUCCUGACACCGUCGUGUGGAAUCCAUGGGAGAAGAAGUCGAAGACGAUGCCGGACUUUGGCGAUGAGGAGUACAAACAGACGUUGUGUGUCGACGCUGCUGCGGUGGAGAGAUCAAUCACUCUGAAACCAGGGGAGGAGUGGACAGGGAAGCUCGAGCUUUCCGCCGUCCCGUCGACAAACUGCAGCGAUCAUCUGGAUCAGCCUGGUAUCAUGUAAUCUUAGGAUGUAGUAUGGCGAUAGGGGAAUAGUGCUAUAUAUAUAUAGCCACCUGUCAAGGAGAAGAAAAAAUGGGCGCCUCUUUCAUUUUGAAAUUUUGUACAUUAGAUAAGUAGGUCCCUGUGAUCAACAAGCAGCCAUGAAUUUGGACCAUCCUCUGUGAUGUGAUCAACCAACAGCUAUGAAUUUGAUUAAUCCUAUGAAUUUGAUUAA